GAAACGUCUUUCUUUGAUAAUGCAAAUAAACUAGAAAGAGGAGGAACCUCAAGUAAAAUACCUCAAAGUGUUACAUUUAAUACAAGUAAUGAUAGGAGGUUAUCAAAUUUAAGGGUAACAACUCCAUCAGUAGGAAAUACAAAUAGUGGAUCAUCAUUGGGAAAUCCUUAUAAUUUUUCCAAGCAACUCAAUAUAGUUGUAUAUUUGACCUCUUGGCACUACUUGAUUCUUUUUGAAAUAGCAACCUAUCUACAACCUUCAGCUUUACAACUGCAAAUUGACAACCAGUAA